CCCUUGUGGUCCGGCUCUUCCCAGUCCCGCACUCAGUGUGCGAGUUUACAGCACUGUUGUAUUUUCCAUGCCCAUUGAGAUAUUCAGUUCAAUUGUAUCUACAUUUCAGUUUGUGGAAUAUUUUGCUGCUGCCACUGUUUCACAGAAGUGUAAAAGUUUGUGUUGGCAUAAUAUACCGACAACAUGGAUGGGGGCUCCUUUUGGGUUGAAGAAGUCAACGAUCAGUUACCCGUUUCUUUGAAAAGAAAGAGAAAUGUCAGAAUCAAGAAACUAGAAUAUGUUGGAUGGGGAUCCAAACCAUUGAUUGAAUUCCUUCAAUCAAUUGGUAAAGAUACAACCAGAACUUACUCCCAACAAGAGGUGACGACGAUUGUAACUGAAUAUGUUAAUUCGAAUGAUCUUCUUAAUCCACAAAAGAAAAAGAGGGUUUUGUGUGAUGCACGACUUCAUUCCCUUUUCGGAAAAAAAUCUAUACCACGGAUAAAAAUCUAUGAUUUGUUGGAAGUGCACUUCAGUGAGAACCAUGAUGAAUCAGAGGAUGAAUCUUCUAACAGUUCGAAAGAGGAGGAUACUGUAGUAUCAUCCAAGGGAAGAAAAAGUACAGGGAGUCCAAAGAAAAAGGUUCCUGUUGUUCCUAAAAGCUGUUUCGCAGCUGUUAUUGCUGAAAACAUUAAGCUUGUGUACUUGAAGAGGAGCUUAGUUCAGGAUCUUCUGAAGACCCCUGGAAGUUCCGAAGAUAAAAUUGUGGGUAGCUUUGUGAGGGUAAAAUCUGACCCAAACGACUGCUUUCAGAAAAACUCACACCAGCUUCAGCAAGUUGAAGGUAUAAAAAAGGUUCCGUCAGCUAGUGAUGCUGCUUUUGAAAUUCACCUUCAACUUUCAAAUUUGAUGAAAGACGUUCCAGUAUCUUCCUUAUCUGAUGAUGAUUUUUAUGAGGAAGAUUGUGAGGAUUUGCGUGGAAGAAUAAAAGCUGGUUCGCUCAAGAGGCCUACUGUUUUGGAGCUUGAGUCAAAAGCGCAAGUUCUGCACAAGGAUAUCACCAAGCAUUGGAUUGAGAGAGAAGUUGCAUUGUUACAAAAGCGCAUCGAUCAUGCCAAUGAAAAGGGAUGGCGCAAACAAUUGUUUGAGUUUCUGGAGAGGAAGCAACUGCUACAAGCACAAAAAGAACAGGAUAGACUCCUUUCCGUGAUGCCAAAAGUUGUAGCUGAGGAAUUAGAGGCUGAAGUUAAAACUGUUGAUGCCCUAGAUUUAAAUGUAAUGGAACAAGAAAGAGAAAAUGGUUGUUCACCAACAUCAACUCCUAAUGAAGCUACUGACAAUUUUGUUGCAGGAGAUGCCUUGAUCCAAUCUAAUAGGAUUUUCGUAAAUGGAGAUGUAUUCACUGCUGAUGGAAAUGGAGAUGCCAUUGUCCCAUCUAAUAGGAUUUUCAUAAGUGGAGAUGCAUCCAUUGCUGGUGGAAAUGAUCAACAUGCAGAAAUGUUUCAAGAACAGAGAGAUACUACCAUUUCUGUACAAGUCGAAAGAAGUGAAGUGCCGGUUCAGUCGUAUGGAGAAAAUAUCAUCACUCAACAAGUACAGGCCCAGGCAAUACAACCUGAGGUAAUCGAGUUGAGUGAUGAUGAAGCAGAGCGUGAAGGCCCUGAAUCUGCAAUUUGGCACUAUCGGGAUCCUCUGGGAUACAUACAGGGUCCUUUUCCUUUGACAUUGUUGAAACGCUGGAGUGAUGAGGGUUACUACUUCGAUCCAAGCUUCAGUGUGUGGAAGGUUGGCCAAAGCCCACAAGAAGCUGUCUUGUUGAUUAGUGUGCUUCACCAAUAUUUCCCCGUCUAUUGAAGCACCGUCUGUUGUGUUCUAACACCAGUACUAGGUUGGCAAUUCUAAACUUCUGUAAAAGGUGUUUCAAAGUUGUCAAUCUUGGUUGCGGAGUUUGAAAAGAAAAAGGUUCUUUUACUUAAAUGUGUUUAUUCUAUGAUCAUUUGAUCCCGUAGUAGACUAAGGUACUUGUUUCCCCUUGAAAAUGGGAUCAAUCCUUGCAGCCAUUGCUGCAUUUUAUGUUUGUAAGUACUGUUGCUAGUCAAUUUUAACUUCUCAUUCAGGUGGCCCUGUAGAGUUGGCACAAAAAAGAUGCUUUGUAAUUUGAAGUGCUAAACAGAAAGUAACUCUCUGUUACUAGUCAA